GCCUGGAGCGGGCCCUCCGUGGCGCGCAUGCGCAGACGCCGUCUUGGCAGAGCUAAUACUCCAAGGCGCCUGUCACAUGAGCCUCGCUCCCGCUCCGCUCCCCCUCCUCCCGGCUGGGCUGUGUGAAUGAAGCUCUGCCGGCUACGUGGGGCGCUAGCUCUACUCGCCGUGUGGAACGCCAGAGCCGACUGAGCGCGCUGCCCACCGCCGGUGGACACGGGCUCCGCCGCGCCGGACCUCGGUGACAGAACAAAUCAGUUGACUGAAGUUGGACGGGUGGCCCUGUGAUAACGUCAGUGGAAGCUGCGCCGAGUAAAUGAGGGGAAAGCCAGAAGGUGAAGCAUUAAAAACCAGUUUGGGGCCUUAGAAUCUUGCAGAAAGCAGAAUCACACACUUGCAUCUCCAUCUAUACCCUCCUUUAAGUCCCCCUCCAAAACUUGGGGGGGGGAGCACUGGAAAGCUCUGAGCCUGUGACCCCAGUGUGGGAGAAGAUAGGUACAAGAUGGCCAUGUGGCAGGGAAUGAACUCAGGGAGACAGGCUUGGCCGCUGGACCAUUUACCCACUGACUCAUCUCGCCAGCUCCCAGGGAGCUCGGAGUGGAACCCAGGACCUUACAUGUUAGGAGCCAUGGAUAACAGAGGCUUUCAUCAGGGGAGUUUUAGUAGCUUCCAGAGCAGCUCUAGUGAUGAAGACUUGAUGGACAUCCCAGGGACUGCUAUGGACUUCUCUAUGAGAGAUGACGUGCCGCCUUUAGAUCGAGAAAUAGAAGGGAACAAGUCAUACAAUGGUGGUGGAAUAGGCUCUUCAAAUAGAGUCAUGGACUUCUUGGAGGAGCCAAUCCCUGGUGUAGGGACCUAUGAUGAUUUCAACACAAUUGAUUGGGUGAGAGAGAAAUCUCGAGACCGAGAUAGGCACCGAGAGAUUACCAAUAAAAGCAAAGAGUCAACAUGGGCCUUAAUUCACAGUGUGAGCGAUGCUUUCUCUGGUUGGUUGUUAAUGCUCCUUAUUGGCCUUUUAUCAGGUUCCUUAGCUGGCCUGAUAGACAUCUCUGCUCACUGGAUGACAGACUUAAAAGAAGGGAUAUGUACAGGGGGGUUCUGGUUUAACCAUGAGCACUGUUGCUGGAAUUCUGAGCAUGUUACCUUUGAACACAGAGACAAAUGUCCAGAGUGGAAUAGCUGGGCCCAGCUCAUCAUCAAUACAGAUCAGGGAGCCUUUGCCUACAUAGUCAAUUACUUCAUGUACGUCCUCUGGGCUCUUCUGUUUGCUUUCCUUGCUGUAUCUCUUGUCAAGGCAUUUGCACCUUAUGCCUGUGGUUCUGGAAUCCCUGAGAUCAAAACCAUCCUGAGUGGUUUCAUUAUUAGAGGCUAUCUGGGUAAGUGGACCCUUGUCAUCAAAACUAUCACUUUGGUGUUGGCGGUGUCAUCUGGCUUGAGCCUGGGCAAGGAGGGCCCCCUGGUGCACGUGGCUUGCUGCUGUGGGAACAUCUUGUGCCACUGCUUCAACAAAUACCGGAAGAAUGAAGCCAAGCGGAGAGAGGUCUUAUCAGCUGCAGCGGCUGCCGGUGUAUCUGUAGCCUUUGGGGCCCCUAUUGGUGGAGUAUUAUUCAGCCUGGAAGAGGUCAGCUACUACUUUCCCCUCAAAACACUAUGGCGUUCUUUCUUCGCUGCUCUGGUGGCAGCGUUCACACUCCGCUCCAUCAAUCCAUUCGGAAACAGCCGCUUAGUUCUGUUUUAUGUGGAGUUCCACACCCCGUGGCAUCUCUUUGAGCUCGUGCCAUUCAUUGUACUAGGCAUAUUCGGUGGCCUCUGGGGAGCUCUGUUUAUCCGCACAAACAUUGCCUGGUGUCGGAAGCGUAAAACCACACAGUUGGGCAAGUAUCCUGUCGUCGAGGUACUCAUUGUGACGGCCAUCACUGCCAUCUUGGCUUUCCCCAAUGAAUAUACCCGGAUGAGCACAAGUGAGCUCAUUUCUGAGCUGUUCAAUGACUGCGGCCUCCUGGACUCCUCCAAGCUCUGUGAUUAUGAGAACCACUUCAACACAAGCAAAGGCGGUGAGCUGCCUGACAGACCUGCUGGCGUGGGCAUCUACAGUGCCAUGUGGCAGCUGGCUCUGACACUCAUACUGAAAAUAGUCAUUACUAUAUUCACCUUUGGCAUGAAGAUUCCUUCUGGUCUCUUUAUCCCCAGCAUGGCUGUCGGUGCUAUAGCAGGCCGUCUUUUAGGAGUCGGAAUGGAGCAACUGGCUUAUUACCACCACGACUGGGGCAUCUUCAAUAGCUGGUGUAGUCAGGGAGCUGAUUGUAUCACCCCUGGCCUUUAUGCCAUGGUUGGGGCUGCUGCCUGCUUAGGUGGGGUGACUCGGAUGACUGUUUCUCUUGUUGUCAUAAUGUUUGAACUGACUGGUGGCCUGGAAUAUAUUGUGCCUCUGAUGGCUGCAGCUAUGACAAGCAAGUGGGUGGCCGAUGCUCUUGGGCGAGAGGGCAUUUAUGAUGCCCACAUCCGUCUCAAUGGAUACCCCUUUCUUGAAGCCAAAGAAGAAUUUGCUCAUAAGACUCUGGCAAUGGAUGUGAUGAAGCCCCGGAGAAAUGACCCCUUGCUGACUGUCCUUACUCAGGACAGUAUGACUGUGGAGGAUGUCGAGACCAUAAUCAGCGAAACCACGUACAGUGGCUUUCCGGUGGUAGUGUCCCGAGAGUCGCAAAGACUUGUAGGCUUUGUUCUUCGAAGAGAUCUCAUUAUUUCAAUUGAAAAUGCUCGGAAGAAACAGGACGGGGUUGUGAGCACUUCCAUCAUUUAUUUCACGGAGCAUUCGCCUCCAAUGCCUCCAUACACCCCACCUACCCUGAAGCUUCGGAACAUCCUGGACCUCAGCCCCUUCACUGUGACAGACCUUACGCCAAUGGAGAUCGUGGUGGACAUCUUCCGCAAGCUGGGCCUGCGCCAGUGCCUGGUUACACACAACGGGCGCUUACUUGGAAUCAUCACCAAAAAGGAUGUGUUAAAGCAUAUAGCACAGAUGGCAAACCAAGACCCUGAUUCCAUUCUCUUCAACUAGAAUCAUGGGCUUGUUGUGGAUAUAAAACAAGGACAUUGCGGACCAUGGAUAUAUUUUAUUAACUGGGUACCCAAAACACAUUUCCCAUAUUUGGAUGGUGAAGUCAUAUUAGUGUGUUGUCUGUUUCCUACAAGUUAAUCAGUUGCACUACAUAAUUUCUGGAAAAUAAUCUCUUUAGGAGAAAAUACAGUUAGGCUUCUGUGAUACUGCAUUAGGAAGGGUUCACGAAAGAGUAAACAAGAUGGCUACGGUUUAAUUAUGUUUGUUCUUUAAAAUAGUUUUUUUUUAAUUUAAAAAUAAUCGUUAGCCAAUAUGCAAUCACUGAAAACUAUGCAAGAAAAAUUCCAACUAUUCUGACAAAUAGCCUGCAGGAAACUCAUGGUAAAAAAUCCUGUGUUGGAGGGAGACUAAACUGUCAUUGAUGGGAAAUGAAGUGUGACCUAAGGGGCUUUGCCUUUGAAGCCACAGAAAGGCAAGCCAGAAGGAAAUCGCAAUGGCAUUUUCUAGACUGUGAAGAUUCACUUCAAUUCUUACUCCUGUUACAGUAUUUAGCGUUAUUAGUUUGUUACGUUUACCUUCUCAUCAGAAGACAGUGCUGCUUUGGUCUGUCUGCCCCAAGUGAAGUAAAGGGGUUGACUUUGGGGGCCUGCUUGGCUUGGUCUUUUGAAGUGCACAAAGUUAAGUUACAGAGCUUUCUCCUUGGCCGAAGAAAGGCUACUUUUCCAAAUGGCAAUGCUAACUAGUAGACGAGGACUUUGUUAGAAAUCUGUUAGUAGCUAGGAACCAUUUAUUCCAGUUUUCUUGAAAUGAAGAUAAGUUCUGAGCAAAAGUCGGUGGCUAGGAAUGUCACGUUGUGUGAAGUCCUAAGCCAAUCUCAUACCCAGAUGCCACUUCCACAGAUGCUCCUGCUUCAGGCUUCUGGAAUAAGAACAGUAUCUGGAACUGGGUCUAGGCUGAAUACUGGGAAAGUGGGGAAAAUUCAGAGCUACAUUAGCAUCCCGGUGCAUUUCUUUGAAAAGACCACCAGUACUAAAAUAACUGGACGCCUGUGCUCCACUCGGUGUGGAGUAUGCACAACAGGCCAUUGUUCCUGUGAGCAUGAAGCAAGCUUGAGAUACUUCCACGUGUAUGGAAGGAACUGGAACGGGUUAGGCAACUGCAAUUACCUUGAGGUGCCAUCCUUAGAAACCUAACUAAAAUGCAGAGCCAUCCUUAAACCUAGGUGUAGGGAUGAGGCCUGAUGACACCAAAGGUGCUUGUACCCAGUUAAAAAAAAAAGGUGCCUGUCUCAAUUUCCUACCACAUCUGUGGCAGUUUAGAAAAAUCACAUUAUAGAAACACCCGGUGGAAUUCACAAGCCACCACCAGCAUUCCAACCACUCUUUCAUUUUCUAUCAUUUUAUCCAUGUGCAAUUACUCUCCCUCCAUUCUGUUUGCCUCUCUUCUCAGCACAGAAUCCUCUUUAGGAUGGAGCAGUCAGCUUAGUUAAUCAUUCCUAAUAACAACAAAAAUACCUACUAGGGUUAGUUAAAUUGUAAGCCGAGGCUCAGCAGUCUCACAGCACUUGGACUAGAGGUGACACCCACACAGCCUUUUUGUUUGCCAUGGGGCCCCAUUGCUACUGCCAUGCCUCCGUUUCCCUCUCAGAUGCCCAUGGCAGUGAGACUAUGUUGUUGGGUGAGAGUUCAGCCUUGUUUAUCUUACAAGCCUAUUCCUAAUCUCUCCCGCUAUCCUUCUAGUACAGGCUCAGCAGCCCCUGGCACAUGCCGGUGAAUAACCCACUCCUCCCCAGCAACUCAGUGUACCUCAUUUUAAAAGUUGUUGGUCCCCAAGUCAAGAACUUUUUUUCUUAACCCCCAGUUUUUUAUUGUUCCCAAACCAGAAAGUCCUUUAUUAUCCAAGACAUAUUUUGGGUUUUAUCUUUACUAUAUCAAGGUAGCCACGAGAGUUUCUCCUUUUAAGUAUAUUCUUCUGGCAUUUUAAUGAAAACGAGGCUUCAGAGGUACAUGGUAUCAUCAUCACGGCUCCAUGGCUUUCUGUCUUGUUCUUUCCAUGCCACUGCAUGACCACCUAGUGUAUUAUGUGGAGAUCAAAGUUCCUGUCUUGUCAAAGUUCCUGUGGGUUGCAGGUUCGGUCAGUACCUUUCUUUAGUGGUCCUGCCUCACGAAGGUUUGCAAAGCAGGAAACAUUACUGUGUCAGGUAUUUGAUGGCCAGGGAAGGUUUGGUCCUAUCUCAGAGAGCAGCGGUGGCAUGGAGAGUAUCUUGUUUGCUUUUGUAUCUCUUUAGUUCUUUCUUUUUGUUGUACCCAGACGAGCCAGUGUUAAGGUGCUACUCCGGAGAAUAAAUCUAAGAACUCAGAUAACACUGUGCGAACGGAUACUUUCUAGAUGCUAAGCACCAGUAGGCCCUCCAAAUAAUUUGACAACAUCCCUUUGAUACCUCACUCCUUAGAAAUAUCAUUCAUUAAUCUUAGUUUCUCAGGAAUCCUUGCAGCUUGUAUGCUAGAAAUAGCUGUAGUGUAUGGUGUCCAUUGUCUGUCUGAUCUUAUGGUUUAGCUCAAAGGUUAACGCGUUCCGACAGGAGUACUCUCCAAGAUUGCUAGCCUAGCACCUGGACACACAGUGGCUCUUGUCUUGAGGUAAAGGGGGCUCUUUCCUGUCAUUGCCAUUCCAUUCCAUCAAUUAGAUAUUCCUAAAAACAAAACAAAACAACAAAACACAAAGCCAAUAGAGGGAAGUCUGUCAGUAGCCUCAAAUGACUACAUACCUCAAGGGUAAAAUACUGGAUAAUUGAAGCUUUUCAAGUGAAUUGAGACAAGUUUAUUUUGGUACUGGAAAAGGAAAUAGCCUGAUGUAAGGAAAGUGUUUACAGAAGAAUGCCAAUAAAUGCCUCAAGAGUGUGAAUUUUCCUAAGCACUAAAUCUGGAGGAAGUCUAGCUGUGAGGGCUAGAUUUAUGGAUCUUUUAACAGUCUUAACUGCUAAAUUUUAUAUCUUUACACCUUCAAUGGAAAGAGCUUAAUGAAGCUGAGAGAGAUUGCAUAGUGAGCUCAAUUGGAGAUUAACAAACAGAGGACUGGUGAUGUGAAAUAAUCGCUAUUAGAGAUCAUUUCUACUUUGAUAUUUGGUUAGAAACCGCCAAAUUGAAACGCCCUCCCCCCCUCUCUGGUUCCAGUGUCCUGGCUUAGCCCAGCUGCAGAGGAGAGCUGAUGUAGUCCACAGAAUAGAGUGCCUCUGGCGGAUUAGCUAAAAUUGAUGAUACUUUGAAUUGGCCAGCUGGCAGAGCAAACAAUUAAUUUGCUGGUUUAACUGCAAAGCAGGCCAAUUGUUUUGGCACUAAUGUCUAAAUUGAAAGUCUUUGCAGGAAGAGCAGGGGCCUUUCUAAAGGGAUUAGCCUCUGAAUGCGUGGGCUCUACAUUACUGUUCUAAAAACCUUAAUGUUUGCAACCUCCUCUGGGGUUGUCUGGGUGGUGCCUGAUGGUAUGAAGAAAGCCAUCCUGUUCCCCAGUCCAUACAUAUUAGCAUAAGGUAGGCAGAGGGCUUAAUCACAUGCCCCAAAGGGAGAAGGAAACCAGUCAUGUCCAGGAUUCCCAUAUGAACUAGAGCCUCAAAGCACUAUUUGGCUUAACGGCAGUCUAGCUUUAUGGAGACAGUUAACCCUUGAGGAGGAACACAUCAUCUGAAUGUCUAGAUGAUAAACAUUUGACCAUUUUUGUUUUAAGCUCUCCCUACUGUGUCCUUAUUCUAUAUUGAAAAUAGGCUGCUUUCUCCCGUUGCAGCUCAAGAGCUGGGGCAGGGUUGGAGAUGAGUGGGCACAGCAGAGCUGGCAGUUGCUGGCCUUUGCUUCCCGAUCAGCCAUUUGUUCCAAGGAGAGCAGCUCUUGGAAAAAUGUGAUUCACAGUUUCAAGCUACUCCCCAUCCAUAUGCUGGCCACAUUCUCCUUCCUAAGUAACUGCAUCUGGGCAAUGUUCUAAAGAGAUCAAGGGAAGAAAAGGAGAUUUUCCCAUGGUGUCGGUAGGAUUUUGCCAAAUCCUCCAAGAAGGAUGUGAUAUAUGGACCUUCCUUCCUUCUUCCUUCCUUUUUUUCAUUUCCCUCUUUCUCCCCCACCCCAUGGGGCCUAUCAGGUUACCCUGUCCAGCCCAACCUUACAGUUAAAACUUCCUACCUCGAAGUUGCUACCAAAGGGUCUUUGGCCUGCGUGUGCACACUUGUCAAAUGAAUGCCCUGACUAAUGUUUGGCUUCUUGAGGAGAACCUGUGUGAUGGUACAGAUAGGCAAAAGGACAGUUUGCCUCUGCCUCUUCCUUUGCUCCUCCUACCAUGCAUAUUCUACCUUCAGCUCUCUUCCCAUUGUUCUGACCAUGUUGUUUCAAUAUGACUGUGGUGGGUAGGGACGCAAUGACCCCCCAAGAACAGAGAAUGGAACCUCCCCAGCUGGUGAGAGGCCAUUGGCAGUUUGCUCAGUCCACAGUAAGGGCCAAAGCCAGAAAUCCUUACUGGGAGUGCCGAGGGCUUUAGCUGUAUUAUACAUUAGUUCAGAUGUGCUGGGUUAAGAAGUAGUUUAGGAUCUAAUGAGAAAAAAAAAUGCCGUUUAGUGAAAUGGAGAAGAAAACAGAACCUGUGUUUUUUUUUUUGUUUUUGUUUUUGUUUUUAAUCAAAGUGGUAGUGUUCAGCGUUGCCGUCAAGUAGAGGGUACCUCAAAAUAUAUGGUCCUUGUCCCUCGUUCUCUUUCUUACCUUCCACUUUUCUUUCUUCUCCAUUGUCCUGCCUUUUUUAGUACUCAGCUUUUUAUAUAUAAGUAUUUACUUUUUUUUAAGCUAUAUAUUUGGUCCUUUGGGACUGUGUGAUGAUUAAAUUGUAUUCCAUUCAAGAUAAAACUAUAUGUUUAAUAUUGUAUUCUCUAAAGUUGUCUUUUGAAGCUAUGCUGCUAUCCAGGUACAAGCCAGAAAGGAAUUGGGCCUGACAGCAUCUUGGUCAUGUCACCAGAGGGUGACUCUGAUGUCAUGAUAAUGACUCUUAUUGAUUUGACCAAGGCCAGCCUCCUGUUUAUACCUCUGCCCAUUCAUUUCUGGCCAUGGGAAAUAUACCAGCUAUUGGGUGAGCCAUUGAAGCCAGGAGGAUCAGAAGGGCCAGGGUCCAGCCCAUGGACACCAUGUGAAUUUCUCUGUAGGAAGCUCAUUUGGAGGGCUGGCUUCAGUCGCAGUAGCCAAAGAAAAAUCUGUCUGACUGGACCUUUGAAUUCCUAAGAGUUGGUCAAAGUUCCGCUGAAGCUUAUGCGUAGAUAUCUGUAGCUGCUUGGCAUCCGGAAAUGAGCUUCAACCAAAGCUAAUACAGUCCCGAGUUUCCACCGGAAGCUUGGUGCUGAGCUGUUCAGACCAGUCCUUUAUUAGAGGGUUGCCAAUCUUUCAGCCACGCUUUUGUACCUUUAUUCUCACCUGCUCAUAGACAUAGCCUGAUCCAAAACUGUGGCUUACUGCUCGCUCUGCUCUGCUCACUGGUCAUGUAUAGUGACAUAGUGUAAAAAGGAAAAAAAAAAAAAAGAUUGGGGAGUUAGGUGACCUGGUUUGUAUUCCCUAUGCUUCUACUAACUAGCCUCAAGAUCUUAACCGCUCUGUGCCUCAGUGUUCCCAUCUGCAAAAUGGGGAUAGUGUAAAUUGCCCUACCUACCUCACAGGGUUGUUGUGAGGAUAAACUGAGACAAUGAAUGGAAAGCACUUUUGACAAGUAAGUGCUAUGCAAAGUGUUAAGAAAUGGAACCAAUCUAGUUCAAGGCAAUGGAAUGGACAUUAGCAGAAGGGUUAAUGGGAUCGUCCAGCCCUUUCUCUGUGUGGCUUAAACCUAGGUUGCCAUUGCUUUAUACAUUUUCACUUAGCACAGAUUUGUAAUUAUGCAUGAAAUAAAGCACAGCCUUAUCCAACUUGA